AUGAAGCUAAGGGGGGCGCUCAAGCUCCUCAUUGUGGGCCUUUCGGCCGCUUCUGUUGCUGAGGCCACCUAUGUCAACAUUUAUCGCGACAGCCGCCACAAGAGGUCGCUUCAGCGCAGGCAGGAUGACGACGAGGGGAACGAUAGUUUGACCCUCACGCUCACCACUGCCCUUCCUACGCUAACAACUGAGCCCACAUUGCCAACCAGCACCCGUUCUCCUCCUCAGACUUCUAGCACAUCCUCAUUACCAACAUCGACUGAAGAGACGACCGCAACCCGGACGACCACUUCCCCCACAGAUGCGCAGACGUCGCCUACCGAAACUGCUACGGACUCUGGGACAUCCUCCGUACCAGGGGAAACAUCAACAAUCACUGACAAGACCGAGAAGCCGAAACCGACGCCCACUACGAUCACGAGUACCUACUAUGAGACGAUCACCAACACUGAUGGUUCAAAGGUCACAAAGACCCACGAGGUCGUCACCACGCAAACCCCCGAUCUCGCAGAUAGCGACGAUGGCAAGAGCGAGUCGGGCAUGUCAACCCAGACGCGCAACACUGUGAUUGGCGUCGUUGUCGGCAUCGGCGGCGCCAUUGUUCUCGGCGGCCUGGCAUUUGUUGUCUGGAGGAUCUGGGGCCGCCGCCGCAACCAGGAAGAGAACGAAGUGCUGAUGGAUUACGGCAGCCCGGUUGAGAAGCCUGAAUCAGGCGGUUCCUUGAGCGGCCGCACUCCUUUCCAGAGUACGCUUGAGAGCUACCACGCGCCGACACACGUGAACCAGGCAUCGAAUUUUUAA